GCGGAACCGCGCGGGACGGGGCGUGGGGGCCGUGCGUGGUCGGGCCGCACGUGACGUCACCACGCAGCGCGCUGCCGUCCCCAGCGUCUCCCGGACGCUGUGCCCUGGGCGCCGAGCGCUCAGCUCAGGAGCGCAUGCGUGGACUCGGUGCCGGGCGCAGAGUCCGCGUCGGGGGCGCAUUUGCUGCGGACGCCGGGGCGGCCACACUGCCCGGGCUCCCGGCCUCGGGUGUCAGAAUCCACUGCGCUGUUGUGACUUAGUCCCGAGUGUUCGCGUAGGGUCUGCUGAUCGCCUGAGUCUUCCUCGGACAGUGCGGUCUCAUUGCAGCAGUGUGGGUCGUUUCGAUGCACUUUGGGCUGCAGCCGUUUGUCAUGUCUGUGUAUUUCUGCCGUGGGCAGCUCUCUCAUGUGGAUAGGUACAGACCUGGUUGUCCCACGUUAGGCAGAGCUCAAUUUGAUUAUUUCCUGGCAUCUCCUCCCAGGUUUCUGUAGAUAAUUCCAUCUUGAUGUAAAUUCCCCAACGCCAUGGAGACUGCAGCUAAGUAAAAAGAAGUUGUGUCUUUUAUGAAUAUUCCCUUUUUUUCUAACUUCAAAUUUUUCCAUGUUUCAUGCCAAGUUCAUAAUGGUUGAACUCCCCCUUAGUCUCUGCUUUCAUUUAACUGACCCCUUGCCCUCCAGCUCAUCCUCAGAGCCUGAGUCCUCUGGCUGGUCCAUGUCUUUGUCAAACACUCCUGCUGUGUCCUCAGCUUCCCUGUCUUGGAAGUCAGGUGUAGGAGUCCAAGUGGUGAUUAGGUUUUCUAUUUGUAACAGUUUAAAAGAUUUUAAAAUUACUCUGACAUUUUUAUUUUUAUUUUUUUCCAUUCUUCAGGAAAUUGCCAUACAUCUCUCUAUUAUGCUUUCAUUUGAUCAGAACAUUUAAUUAGUUGAGCAUGUCACCUCACACCUAGUAUUUUUGAGGCAGAGGCAGAGUUCAAGGCUAUCCUGAUCCAAAUAGUGAUUACUAUUUUGUCAUAUUACUUCUCUGUAUCUGUGCAUGUCUUGAAAUCUUGUGAGGCAAAGAGUGAUAGACUGAUGUUUCUGACCAAACAUUCCAUCUGUGGAGCGCGCAUGCCCAGUGCAUGAGUGGCAGUGAGAGGGCAACUUGAGACUCGGUUCUUCUCACGUGGGAUGCAAACUCAGGACGCAGUGACCUAUGAGGAUGUGCAUGUGAACCUUACUCAUGAAGAAUGGGCUUUGCUGGAUCCUUCCCAGAAGAGUCUCUACAAAGAUGUGAUGCUGGAAACCUAUUGGAACCUCACUUCUAUAGGGUACAAAUGGAAUGACCACAGUUUUGAAGAGCAUUGUCAAAGUUCUGGAAGACACGGAAGGCAUAUCAACUGUCUCUGUGGAUACAAGCCAUGUGAGCAACAGGGAUAUGGAAAGAAGCAGUCUACCUCUGUUUCUCCUGGAACUAUUAGAAGAUAUGAUGUGGUCACUACUAUGAGAAAACAUGAUGGCUGUGAUACAAGUUUCCACUCUCAUUUUGGAGAAAAACAUUAUGAGACCAAGGAAGACGGAAAUUCACUUGCCUGUACAGGUUCGCUAUCUUCCACUUCUUUUCAAAGACGUGAAAAAUCUCAUUUGGGAAGAGGAAGUGAAAAAUGUGCGCUUUGUUCUAAAGCGUUUAGCCAUCACAGGUAUCUUCAAACUCACAAAAUAUCCAAUAAUGAUGAGAAUCUCUAUGAAUGUAAAGCAAUUAGAUAUGAUUCCUCUUUACACCAAAGAACUCAUUUAGAAGAAAAGCCCUGUGAAUAUAAUCAAAGUGAUGAAGUCUCUGCAUAUCCCAGUCUUCAUCAAGUACACAGAACUCAUUCUGUAGUGAAAACCUAUGAAUAUCAGCAAUAUGAUAAAGCCUUUGCAAGUCCCAGUUAUCUUCAAAUACAUAAAAGAAGUCUUACUCCAGAGAAACCCUAUGAAUGUAAUCAAUGUGGUAAAGCCUUUGCUGAGAAGAGUAAUCUUCACCGGCAUGAAAAGAGUCAUACUAGAGAGAAACGCUAUGGAUGUAAUCAUUGUGGUAAAGUCUUUGCACACAAGUAUAGGCUUCUCAUUCAUGAAAGAAUUCAUAAUGGAGAGAAACCUUAUGAAUGUAGUCAAUGUGGUAAAACCUUUGUAGAGAAAAGCACCCUUCUUAGUCAUGAAAGAAGUCAUACUGGAGAGAAACCCUAUCAAUGUAAUAGAUGUGGUAAAGCUUUUGCACAGAGGAGUUGUCUUUACAAACAUGAAAGAAUUCAUACUGGAGAGAAACCCUAUGAAUGUAAUCAAUGUAGUAAAGCCUUUACACAGAAGAGUCAUCUUCGAAGUCAUGAAAGGAUUCAUACUGGAGAGAAACCCUAUGAAUGUACUCAGUGUGGUAAAACGUUUGCACAGAAGAGUAAUCUGCUCAGUCAUGACAGAAGACAAACUUGCAAGAAACAUUCUGAAUAUAAUCAAAGUGCUAAAUCCUUUGAACAGAAGAAUAAUCUUCUCAUUCUUGAAAGAAGUCAUGAAGCUGAGAAACCCUAUGAAUGCAAUCUAUGUGGUAAAGCCUUUGCAACGAAGAGUCUUCUUCGCAGACAUGAAAGAAUCCAUACUGGAGAGAAACCCUAUGAAUGUAAUCAAUGUGAUAAAGCAUUUUCACGUAAAAGUCAUCUUCAGAGGCAUGAAAGAACUCACACUAGAGAGAAACCUUGUGGAUAUAAUCAUUGUGACAGAGACUUUGCAUUUAUCAGCAACCUUCAAAUAAAAGAAACCUCAUGUUGGAGACAAGUACUAUGAAUGCAAUCAGUGUGGUAAAGACUUUAUACAGAACUCUUGUCUUCACAGGCAAGAAAGAAAUCAGCUUGAUGAAAACCUUAUGAAUGUAAUCAGUGUGAUAGAGCCUUUGCACAUUGAAGUAUCCUUCAAAGUUAUGAAAGCUUUCAAACUGAUGAAAAUCCCCAUGAAACUAAUAAAUGAGGUCAGGCCAUAUAAUCCACAUAUAUUUUGUCCCCAGAGUUAUCUCACUGCUGCUUCGGUAAGAUUAGUACAACCAUUACAUAGGUAAAAUGUUGUCUGUUUUUCAAGUUGUAAGCAUAUUAUAUUUCAAGAACAACAGAAACACAUGAUAAUUUGAAUAAUGAAUAUAUUUGCAAUAGAAAAUGGUAUUUAUCCUGUCAUCACAUUAUUUUUGGAUCAUGGUGUUUGAUUUUGAGGUUAAAUACUUAUAAUCAUAUUCUUUGGAAGACAAAUGAAGGGCAGAGGAUUUUUUUCUGUGAGGAAAUAUGAUUGCUAGAGCUUGCAGUGAAUGUGCCUCUGCCUUGUUGGAAAGCCAACUGGUUGGAGACAACAGCCAAAGCUGCCAUUUUCAUCCUGGCUAAGCCCACUUACCAGUGUAAAACAGUGAUCAGACAGUGGUUACAGAUAUGCAAUAAAGACAGAUUCAGACCAAAAGAAACCUCUAGAUGUGUCACAGUAUGUUUAUAAAAACUCUGUAGGCUUAAAAAAUUGGGUGUAGACAGUUAUUAAAAGAAAUAAAUAGUUAAAAAAGUAAAGUCUUAAAGGAGAAAGUAAAAGUAAUAUAAAAGAAAAAAGCCACAUAAAGAUGACAAAUACCCAGGGAGUCUUGAUUGUACAUAUUAUUGUGUUGGUUUUGAAUUUUUUAAUGGCUCCUGGGUAAGAGACAGCUGCUGGGAGACAUGGGAUUAGAAGAGAUACUGAUAAAAUAUACCAACCUAAAUAUUUUUUAAAAGCCUUAUCUUUAAAACACAAAUCCAAAAAUAUGUUUGUAAAAUGUAAAUUAAAAGAUGCAUUACUUUGGAGAAGCAGUUUUGCCUUUCUUUCCACAGGAAACAAGAGGCUGUGGAUUUGCUUAGGGUUAAGAUGGACCAGCUUUGAUCAAGGGAGACCUUCUGAACCUUGACAGAUGAUAUCUAUCAACACGGGUUACCACUGGUCCUCUCACCACUUGUUCAUUAUCUCAAAAUUUUAUCAGGGAUCCUAAAGAUACUUUAUCCAUAGACAGCAGGAAGUAAUUCGCAUAAAAUGACAUCCGCAUUCCCAAGAGUUGGAGUUUAUGGAUGUCUUCGGUUAUUUGAUGGAUAAUGGAUGUUUGUUAUAUUUAGCGGAAUAGAAGAUGUAAAGAUCAUUAUUUAUCUCAGAUAUUUUACAUUGGCAUGAAUUUUUGUAUAUUGCUACAAAUUAUGAGUAUUGUCCUCAUAUUGCAUAUCUCUUUUUUUAUUUCUGCUUAAGAUACUACCUAUACAUCUCAUACCUAUACAGCUUGUUUAAUUAUGCAAUAAGAAGUUUUAAUCCUUAAAAGGUUGUCAGGAUAAUGAAGAAUUGCAAGCUAAUAGUCACUCAUGUCUAUCAAACUUACAGUUAUGUUAGUUUUCAAGGUAAUACAAAGAUAUAUUUCUCAUGGGUAAUCUUCAAACACUUCAAAGACCUACUGAAUAUGGCAUUUAAAAUGUUUUAAGAACUUAGACUUUUGUCAACUAUGAGACACGACUGCUCCUGGCAAUACCAAUUAGUUCAGGAGAAUGCUGUGUAUCGAAGAAGCUCCUUAUGGAAUUUGCUUUCAAUGUGGCAGGGCUAGCCAUUUGAACAAGAAACUGCACUUGUCUGGACUGCUUGAUUGUAUGCUGUAUAAACUGAACAUAUAGUAUAUGUUUAAAAAAAUGACUACUGAACUUGGCAAAACAGGAUGGGACAGUACUUUAGGGUUUCUGAUUCAUGGAAGAGUCUUCCAGACAUUUUGCGGGACAUGGAGAAAAAUGACUGACAAACUGCCAAUAUAGGUAGGACAGCUUCAAAUUUCCUGCUUUGCUGAGAAAUCUGUCAGAUACUCUAGGCCUGUAGGCUGAAGAUGGAUGCCCCAAUGUUACAGAACAACUUUGGAUGAUCAUCUAGGCAGUCAGAUAUCUCUGUCAUUUUUAGAGUUUUGAAAGUUGCUUACAAUUCACUUGUCAGUUUCUUGGGUAAUAUUGUAUCUUUCUGGGGUCUUUGAUGGAGUUGAAGUCUUAGGUAGUUAUAAUUAUAGUUUUCCUUAGUUAUGAUAAAAGAUAGAUGUAAAACUUUAGACUUUCAAAGAUAGAAUACUUUCCUUUUUUCAAAUACAAAUAUUCUAAAUAUUAUAUAUAAAUGCACCCUUUUUGAUUAUACAGAAAGGGGAAAAUAAUGUGUUAUGUCCCUCUAUAUAGUGUGAAUAUGGUUUUGUUUUGUUUUGUUUUGUUUUGUUUUUUUUUUGGUUUUUCGAGACAGGGUUUCUCUGUAUUGUUUUGGAGCCUGUCCUGGAACUCACUUGGUAGACCAGGCUUGGUCUCGAACUCACAGAGAUCCACCUGCCUCUGCCUCCUGAGUGCUGGGAUUAAAGGCGUGCGCCACCACCGCCCGGCCGUGAAUAUGAUUUAUUGUCAUUGGUUAACAAAGAAACAGAUUUGGCCAAUAGCUGGACAGAAUAGAGCCAGAUUGGAAAUGCAAGCAGAGAUACAGGGAGAAGUGUAAAAUUGGGGAGAUGCCAGCCACCAAGAAAGCAAGGCAUGUAAAAAAUGAGGUAACAUCCCAGCCACAUGGUAAUACAUAGAUAUAUAAAAAUGAGUUAAUCUAGUUAUAUGGAUUAGUUAAUAAUAACCCUGAGCUAAUAAGCCAAAUAGUUUGUAAUUAAUAUUAAUCCUCUGAGUGGCUAUUUUAAAAGUGGCUGCAGGACUGGAUGUGAUCAAAAGCCUCUAAUUACAGGAACUACUUAUGCAGGUGUGGGUGGAACCUAGUAAGGGUUGGAACACAGGGUCUUGGUGUCCUGACAAACCACAUAAGCCAACUAUGGAGUCAGCUGGUCGACCUGGGGUCCAGGCAUAAGAGGAUAGGAGAGUUCUUCCAGGUCAAUGACUCCUGCCACUAGGCUCUCCUUAAGGUAUAUUUCCUCAUUACCCAGUAUAUCUGCAUGUCUGUCCACACACAGAGGUACUGUGUUCUGCAAGAAAAGGUGAUUAGAUUGCCUGGAACUUUGUCAUUCAGUGUGUGAGCUGCCAUGUGGUCCUGGAAACUUAAUGUGGGAUGCUGUCUUUUCAGGGCUGUAGUUGAAGCCAGCUGAAUUGCCCACGGUUUGUACCUGAGAGGGGAGUAUGGAUUUAGAAAAGCUAGCCAAAGACAUGAAAGGAGACACAGGAUAGAUGUCAGGAGAGCAAUUCAGUCAAUACUGAACACCUCAACUUUAAAUCACCAUUCUUAAAUAACUUAACAAAAAGGGGAACAUGGUAUCAUGUAUAUGGAACGAAAAAAACAUUUCUUCCUCAGUUCUCCAAGGAUUCGGUAAGUACACCUCAUAUUUAAUUUCUCGUCAUCUGGCCUUGAGGGUCAAUAGUAACCACAUCUCAGACCAAGUCUUGUUACUUAGAUAAGACACCCAAGGCCAAGAUCAAACAUCCUACUGUAGCCAUGCCUUUGACCUACUAAGGACUUACUAAGGACAGUUUUGAACUUUCUGGACUUUAGUCAAGAUGGAGUGGAGCCAUCUUUAUGGGCUCUGGCAAAUUCCCCCGUCUAAAUGUAAUACCUGUGCUUCUGGUACAGGACAGAUGACUGUGUUUGUUUUAGGUCAUCUUCUAACACCUUCCAGCCUUACUCUUUUUUUGGGAACACAUGUUCUGCCAUUUGUGACCUGUCUUAGGUCAUCUGGAGGCAAAAAGAUCUUACCCGUCUUUGACUUCCAGCCUCUGUAAUAAAAAUGUUAGGGGAUAGUGCAUAGCUUGAUGUCAUGCACCUCUGAGUCAACUUUUCAUUGAAAGUUCACAAGCAAGCUUGAUAAUGCUAAGCAAUGCAUAUGCUUUUGUGGCUACAUCUCCUUAUUAAGGGAAUAAAGUUUGAGUAAAAUUGAAAUGACCUUAAAAUUGGUCUAGGAAGUCUCCAGUAGUUUUGGCUGUAUCAAAAUCUAAAUCUGCCUUCUUAAUUACAUAGUAUCUAAAGAAUCAUAAACAUGUCAGAUUGUUAUCAGAAGGAACUCUGAUCUUUUUUUUUUAGGGUAACAAAGGUUAUAAACAAUUUCAGUGUGAUUAUUAACAAUUGACACGUAAUUGGGUAAUUGGCCAGAUUACGAUUCUCUUAAUUUUUAAGUCAAAGGACAAUAAAAUGUUCUCAUGGUGCUUGAAGUAUGAAUAACUCACAAUUCUGAACCUUUUCUGUUUCCCUCUAUUAAAGUCUGAUUCACCAUGACUUGUAAUUUCCAACGGUAAGUUUGAGAUACCACAGUCUUUGAGUAUUGGAUACUCACUGCAAAACUUUUGUUCAUAUCCUCCUCACAUACUGAAGAAGGGCUUUAGCUACACAUCACCUCCAAAAUAGUGUUCCAACUGUAAUGAGUCCUUUUCCCUCAAAGGGGAAGACUGGAAAAAAUGAGUUCUAUGUCCCAAGAUGCAAUGUGUAUAAACUGCUGUGCAUUCAGGCCUUGGCUGGAUCCAGGAUAAGAACUCACAGAGGUUUGGGAAAUUGAUGCAGUGGGUUUGUUGAGAAUUUGAAAAAUCUCUGACCACAGUUUCCUUCCCUUUUCAGACUGUAGAACAAUGACAUCAGAGGGUCAGGAACACAAUUUCAGUAGAUCUCACUGAAUUCUUUUGGGGUGGUGGCUCCAGCUUUCACAGUAUCGUCAUGUCUGGCAUUCCUCUGCUUCACAUACCUCAGACAUUCUGGCAGUUCACAAACCUUCGAGAAAACUCGAUCAUGCCCUCAACUACACAUUAAAACAGGAUCGGAUCCUCUCCAUAAUCCAGUGCAAGGAUUUUUCCAUUUGGCUUGAGUGAAAGUUGAGCCAUCAUGCCAGAAUCUAUCCAUGGCAGAAUGCUCAUGGGCAUCCACAUUCAGAAAAUUUAAAAUGAAGAGUACAUGACUUAAUGCAUUAUGUAGAGGCUAAGUGCACAACUCCCCUUUACUUAUUUUUUGAAUUCAUGUUUUCAAAGCUCCAUGGGCAUGUCAGUGGCAUGCUCCAUUUGAGUCAGUGUUUGUUUAGCAGCUUCUGUGAGCUGUCUAAAGGAACUAGGGUCACAACUGCCCUUAAGAAUCUCACUGUGGGGGUCAAGAUCCUCUGUAGAAGUUUUAAAUAGGGUCUUAUUUCCCAAUAAUGUUUGAAACUUAUUUAAAGUUUGUAAAUCUUUUCUAAUCCAAGUUGUAAAGCUUUCAUUAGCUGUAUUGUCUGCUUUGCAUUUUCAUAGACACCUUUCUAGGUGGGGCUGACAGAGCUGCAGUUUCCUGAGGCUUCUCAAAUAACUUGCUUCAAAUCUCUAGAUUUCUUUUUUAACCACAAAAAUAGGAGAAUUUCUGUAUUCUUUCCUCUGCUACAGGCUACUGAACCAUCCAUAGAAGAUCCUUGGGCUCUCGGGUCAUGCUGGUUUUGGCCAUUUCCUGAUGACUGACUCUGGGGGGGGGGGCUUAUGGGAAGUGCAGAUCUCCAACCUUUCCUGUUAAGACACUGUCUUUUUGACUAUUGAAAGCAAUUUGGGUAGCCUUUUUGUUAGGAUUCAGGCAUUUACAAUCACACCUCACACACAUGUGGGCACACCAUACCCUCCUUUUCCCUAGGUUAUAAGUUUUUUUUCAAAUAAAAUGUCCUUAUCUGAAAUCUUUUGUAAUGCAGCAGUUAUAGCUAACACCUGAGUAUUAUGAGCAUCUAAAAUCUGGACAAAUUCAAAUAAAAUUAUCUGUUACCUUUCUUUCUAUAAGGUCAUUUUAUACAUCCUUAUUCUCCACUGAAGCCCACACAAAAUUUCCUGAAGGAAAUGGUAUAAGGAAACUCCCAUAACACAUAGUGAGAACUAUUAAAAAUGAAAGUGAAAAGAUGCUGGAGAAUUGUGGUCUGCAAUGUUAAAAUACUGGAACUUACUGGAGCAGCAAUGUUCUCUGUGUGCUCCACACCAGGCACUGAACUGUGGAACCAUCUCAAGAUUGUUUUUAUUUCUUUUUUAAGGUUUAGUUCAUUAUUCUUGUCUUUGUGCAUGCACAUGCAGAGUGUAAUUUGGAAUCAGAUGACAGCCUAUGUGAUGCAGUCCUCUCCUCCUACCAUGUGGAUUGUAAGAACCAAACCAUAUCCAUCAGUCUUGGUUGCAAGUCGUGGACUAUUUUUGUUAGUCAUUGCUUUUGAUGUUUUCUUUUUGAAACAGGCUCAUAAAUUUCAGGCUGACUUAGAAAUCAUAAUGUUUCUGUCUUCACUUCCUAAUGCUAGAAUGAUUGGUUUCAGUAUCAUGCCCUCCUAUGCAGAGGCCUGGUGAAUGCUGACCUUUUGCUCUACUGAAUGAAACCAAUCUGAGCUGAAAAAAUUGAUAUAGCUGACAUUUUGAUACAAUGGUCUACACUGAGACCUCAUCUCAAAAUCAAACAAAAACUGCAAAGAAAUAAAAACUUUUGUUAAAUA